AGUGAACAUGCUUUGAAAUUCAACUUCGACGCAACGAACAACAUGGCCGAGUAUGAAGCCCUGCUACUUGGUCUGCAGCUAGCAUUGGAGUUAAAACUCAGUGCGAUCCAGGUAUACAGUGACUCCCAGCUGGUGGUGAACCAAAUUAACUCAAUCUGCGAAGUUGUUGAUCCUGUGAUGGUGAAAUAUGUGGCUCUGAUAGCCGAGCUGAAGUGCAAAUUCCAGAAAUUCUGUCUGAGCAAAAUCCCCCGAACUGAGAAUGAACAGGCAGAUUCACUCUCUAAAUUCGCCUCUGAUAGUUCUUCACAUUCCAGAUCAGUUUUUGUGGAGGUCUUAGAUGAACCAAGUUUCGUGAAGCCACGGGUGAUGGAGAUCAGUACCGACCCAGGCACACUGAGCUGGACUGACCCAAUCCUCUCCUUCUUGCGAGAUGGGAUAGUACCUGAGGACAGGCAGGAGGCAAUGAGGUUGAGGAGGAAAGCAUCCCGGUAUACACUUGUUGAUGGGGUUCUCUACAAGCGAUCUUUUUCUCUACCUCUUCUACGGUGCUUGAAUCCCUAUGAAGCAGAGUAUGCACUCAGGGAGGUGCAUGAAGGUGUCUGCGGAAGUCACGUGGGUGCUCGAACCUUGGCUCAUAAAGUCCUUAGACAGGGUUAUUAUUGGCCCAACAUGUACAAGGAUGCCACUCACUUUGUUCAGAGAUGCUUGAAAUGCCAGUUCUUUGCGCACCUGACUCACCAGCCUGCAGAAGAGCUCACUACUCUGGUAGCACCAUGGCCAUUUGCUCAGUGGGGAUUGGAUCUUUUGGGCCCAUUCGUAAAAGGGGUUGGUGGUGUAACCCACCUGAUCGUAGGUGUAGAUUACUUCACAAAGUGGGUUGAAGCUCGGCCGUUGUCCAGUCUCACUUCCAAGAAAGUUGAAGACUUUGUUUUCAGCUCAAUCAUCUGCAGAUAUGGGAUCCCAAAUCAGAUUGUAGUUGAUAAUGGAACUCAGUUUAACUGCACCUCUUUUCGAGAUUUUUGUUCCAGCUAUGGGAUUAAACUGCAGUUCACCUCGGUCUACCAUCCGGAGUCCAACGGCAUGGUCGAAUCCGUUAACAAGUGCAUCCUAGAAGAAGAAGCGCGACUUCGAACUCUAGUCUACAAGCAGAAGAUAGCAAACUUUUAUAACAGACGAGUUCGGCCCCGAACAUUCAAAAUAGGAGACCUUGUUCUCAGGAAAGCUGGUUUUACGGGGUUCGAAACUCGAUUCGGCAAGUUGGCACCGAACUGGGAAGGCCCCUACACUGUUGCCGAAGUGCCGCACCCAGGUGCUUAUAUCCUACGAGACACUGAAGGCAACCGGGUUCCCAAGGUCUGGAAUGUCAAUAAUUUGAAGAAGUUUUACCCUUAGUGCGUCUCUUUCCAGUAAACUUUGUCUCAUUUUUAUAUUUAUUCUAUUUGUGUCCGAACUCAAUUAAUAAACUUCACUUCACAUUCGAAGUGAUUCAGCCCUUUCACCGUGAAUUAUUCAGUCACUUCAUUUGAUUGGGUUGUGAUUUUAUUACUCUUACUUGUGAAGUGAUUUGUUUUAUCUUUUCUCAUUUAUAUACUCGAAGUCCGCCUCUUCUAAAUCCAAAGUCAGUUCCUUUGCCCGAGGUCAGAACCUUGUGUUAAAUAAAGUUACUCUUUUCCG